AUGAGUAAAAUACAGGUGGCACACGGUAGUCGACUAGCCAACCUGAUCGAUUAUAAGCUGAGGGUUCUUACCCAAGAUGGCCGAGUAUAUAUCGGGCAAUUGUUGGCGUUUGAUAAACACAUGAAUUUGGUGCUGAGUGACUGUAUAGAGGAACGAGUACCCAGGACUCAGCUGGACAAGUUGAGACCGAAGAAGGACUCUAAAGACGGUGCGUCCUUGAAUAUCAAAGUAGAAAAAAGAGUAUUGGGUCUGACCAUUUUAAGAGGGGAACAGAUUCUGUCUACGGUGGUAGAGGAUAAGCCACUGCUAUCUAAAAAGGAAAGAUUGGUGAGAGACCAAAAGGAAAACAAGCAAGCGCAAAAGCAGACCAAACAGAGGAAGGAUAAAGAAAAGAAGCCAGGGAAGAUCACCAAACCAAAUGCGGCGAAUGCCAAGCAUAGCAAUAACACCGAUAGAGAAAUAGCACAACCUUCCUCGAGCAGGUACAGCAAUAGCGGUGGUCCCGGCGAUAGCAUUAGUACAAAUAGAUCGAGGUUCAACAAUGAAGCGCCUCCCCAAACAAGAAAGUUUCAGCCUCCGCCAGGCUUCAAAAGAAGAUAA